GAGGCGACUUUAGGGUUUCACUCCUGUCGCCGGCGCCCCAGGCCGCAAGCCCGGAACAGAAUCUUCCGCUUCCGCCGUCGCCCCCGGCCGGAACAGAGGCUCGCCGCUCCCGCCGGCGAACCGGAGCUACAGGCGCAUCCGGCGGGCCGCUCUGCACCGGAGGCCGUCGUCCCCGAGCACAUUUCCGGCGGAAUCGCGCGUCUCCUCCUUCACCGGAUCUCCCUCCGCCCAACCCGCAGCGCCCCGUCUCCGACGGCCUGUUCCGCAUCUCGGCCGCCCUCCUGUGCCUGCAGCUUCCUCCUCCCACCUCAGCAUUCCGUCUAUCUGGCCGGCAUCUCCUCCACAGAGUGUUCAGUGGUCUUGGUUAACACAGUACCAUGGAUCCCGAUCCCGCCACUGACACCACUCUUGUUUUUGAAAAAGAUGUACUGGAAACAGUUUUUACUCAAGCUGCACCUUAUGUUGUAAGGCUUAAUAUGCGGCCCGUCCGUACAGGCCUCCUUAUUGGAUCAACAGAAUUGCAUGCUUUGGUAUCUGUUGACUCUUCUACGCUGACCGAAUUGCCCAAAUCGGUUCAGUUUUAUAAUCAGAAGAAAGCUGCAAUUGUUCAGAAGGUGGGGCAACUUCCUGGGUGCAGUAUUACUAUCCUGUUUACAGACCGCAUGCACAACCCGUUGCCUCCUGUUCAAUUUGCUGAUUUGGAUCCCAAUGACAAUGUGUGCGAGAAGGUGGUGUCUCUUUUCCCCUAUAUGGAUGGAAUUUCUAUGUUCGAUGGACAUGUUGUGUUAAAUAAUUGCACUUCCAUGGGUAGGGGGGGGGGAACUAUUCAGCCAGGAUCCGCAGACUUGUUUGCAUUUACUUGCACAAACACGGUCCUAUUUCACAUACCAAGAAACGAUGAUGAAGCAAAACUGGUAGCGGAACAUCUUCAAAAGAUUGCUGGUGCUGCUGUGUUCAACUUAAAGGGCGAGGUUGUUGGCAUACUAAGUUCAUAUGCUAGAGGUUAUGAUGUGAAACUGGCCAAGAAGUCAUCUUACUUUAAAAAGCACUUUGAUAAACUGGGAGACAAACAAGUGAAGUGGCUGAUGGGGCAGGGGAAGUUCUCUAAGUCGGAGAUCCUGAGGAAGGCUAAUAUCUGAAGACGCUCGAUGCUUUUUGGGUAAUUCUCGCAGUUGUAUUUUACAUCCUAACUUUUUUUGGUGCCCACCGUGAUAUUCAUAAUACUCCUCCAUUCCUGGUUGGUGGUAGUUUUUGUGAGACAUGAUCAACUAGACGGUGAGGUACCCGUACCUAAGUAGCUAUGGAAAGAACAAGUUAGCUAUGUCGCGGCCAGCGGUAACUUCCUCAGUAGCAGGGCCCAUACCCAAGAAUAGGGUGAUGGAGCAUGGGUGGAGGCAUUCAAAUGUCGAGCUUUCUGGAUAACAGCGACAAUCUGAACAAUUCACCUAUAUUGAGAAUUUUUUGGUGCACAUAAAGGACCAUGGUGAUUUCUGUGGUUUUAAUUUUAGCAAGUGAGAUAACCUUGUCAAGCAAAUGAUACUAACAGGGACUACUUGAUGUUGAUGUCUCAAGACAAUAUGGUUAUGGUUAUGUGAUCUCAUAGCCGAA